CUUUCACCAUUGCAUUCACUCUGUUUUGCACUUGGCACUUGUUAUAUAUUCCUUCGUGCCCGGCCUAAAUCCAGAUAGUGGCCACCCUAUCUCGUCCCUCUCUUACACCACCCCUCUGGACUCUCCAGAUCCUACUUUCGCAACAAAAGUAGCAGAACAAUCACCACAAUGGCCAACGUCAAUCGCUACGAUGGCGGCUCUUCAGAGUCGCCAGAGCCAAAGGACUAUCCCAAGACCGAAUCCGCUGAGCAAGUCCGUAUCGGCGACAUCUCUGAUCUGGAUGAUGAUUCCGGACAUCACUUACAUCGUGGUUUGCACGCAAGACAGAUUACCAUGAUUGCAAUUGGUGGAGCGAUUGGUACAGGAUUGAUUAUUGGAACGUAAGUUGUGAUCAUUGAAAUCUCGGUGAGCCCAGAGAAUUCAGCUGACCCGUCAUACAGCGGAAAAGCUUUGGCUCAAGCCGGUCCUGCUCCAUUAGUCAUUGGAUACGCGCUGGUUGGAUUUUUAUGUUUCUUGGUCAUGGCCGCUCUGGGAGAGGUAUGUUGAAUUCCCACACUCGUUUUUCCGAAUGUUUGCCUACUGGGGAAAAUACAAUGCUGACAUCUAGGAAAUAGAUGGCCUGUUGGCUUCCUAUGCCUUCUGGAUUUACUGGUUACGCUACUAGAUUUGUCGAUCCCGCUCUUGGUUUCUGCUUGGGUUGGAAUUACUGGUUCAAGGUAUGUUUGCAUUUGCUUCUAUUCGAUGAAACAAGGCUGACACCAUUGUAGUACAUUGUCGUCACACCGAACAAUCUGACUGCUGCCUCGCUCGUCAUUCAAUAUUGGGUCAAGAGAGAAAAGGUCAAUCCUGGUGUUUUCAUCGCUGUCUUUUUGGUUGCCAUCGUGGCUGUCAACUACUUUGGUGUCAAGUUCUUUGGGGAAUUCGAAUUCUACCUAUCCAGUAUUAAGGUUGUCGUCAUUAUUGGCUUGAUUCUAUUGAGUUUGGUUCUUGCAUGUGGAGGUGGCCCCAAUGGAGAUGCCACCGGUUUCACAUACUGGGGAAAUCCUGGAGCAUUCGCUCCGUACAUUUUGAGUAAGUCAAGUUAUCUGUUUGCGGAUGAACAAUUACUAACAAAAUACAGAGGGCGCUGCUGGUAGAUUCUUGGCCGUCUGGUCCACCUUCACCACCGCCGUCUUCGCUUACUUGGGAACCGAGUUGGUUGGUGUAACCGUUGGAGAGGCUGCCAACCCAAGAAAGGUCAUCCCCCGCGCUAUUAAGCUCACCUUCUACCGAAUCCUUCUCUUCUACGUCGUCUUGGUAUUCCUCCUCGGAAUGCUCGUCCCAUACAACUCCCCAGAUUUGAUUGAGGCCAACAAGUCUUCCAACUCCGCCACGGCCUCCCCAUUCGUUGUUGCCAUCAAGCUCUCCGGCAUCAAGGCAUUGCCAGGUAUUUUGAACGCCUGUAUCUUGAUCUUCGUCUUUUCCGCUGCCAACUCCGAUUUGUACAUUGCCUCCCGAACUCUCUAUGGUCUUGCCCAUGAGAAGAAAGCCCCCAAGAUCUUCACCAAGACUGACAACCGUGGUGUCCCAAUCGUUGCCCUUGGUGCUUCCACAGCUUUCUGCCUCCUUGCUUUCUUGGGUGUCAACACCGAAUCAUACACCGUCUUCGGUUACUUUGUCAACCUCGUCACCAUGUUCGGUCUCCUCACCUGGAUCUCACUCCUCGUCUCUCACAUCUGCUUCGUCCGAGCCCGUAAAGCCCAAGGCAUCCCCGACUCCGCACUCGCCUACGUUGCACCACUAGGAGCCGCCGGUUCAUGGGGAGCCCUCAUCUUCUCCUGCCUCAUCGCCUUCUUCAAGGGAUUUCCCAUCUUCUGCUACAAGCUCACUGCGCCCAAGGGUACGGUUCCCGUCUUUGACUGGCGAACUUUCCUCACGACUUACCUCGGUAUUCCAUUGUACAUCGCCAUGAUCCUCGGAUACAAGUUCUACAUGAAGACCGAGAUGGUCACGCCCGAGAACGCGGAUCUGUACAGCGGCAAGGCGCGCAUCGACGCCGAAGAGGCCGAGUACGUGGCCCAGGAAGCGGCGAAACAUGGUGGUCCUGAAACCAAGGGACAGAAGCUUUACCGAUUGACUCUUGGUUGGUUGUUUUAAACGAUUUCUUUGUUUGUUUCCUUCUUUCAUAUGGUAAUGGGGCAUGUAUGCAUGAACUUGGAUGGGAUGGAAGAAGAGGUUCUUCUGUAUGUAUAUAAGACGCGGCUACGUCCUCAUUUAUUUUACUAAGGAAAGUAAAAUAUGCGGGCUAGUCAGCUGGAUGGAUGGGUUUCUAUGUAUGAGAUGGGUAUUUCAUUGUGGAAUGGUGGGAAUAAUGAGAAAUUAAAAGCAUAUUACUU